AAUUGGUCCAUUUCGGCAGCUCUUUUCAUCACACGCUACCGAGCAUGAAUAAUAAUAACUAAUCACACUGUGGUAAACAACUAUGUAAAUUUAUGGACUGCCAAGAACAAAAUAACAUGUGUUCCUUAUAGCUGAUAUAUCUCCACCAGGUAUCGAUUGCCUUACGUCUUAUCGAUCACUAUCGAAUACAUAUGUCAUUUUGCACGCCCGUCUCUAGAUAGAAAGAAGAAGCAAACCAAAUUGUAGUUUUAUUUUAUAGUGCUAGCGAAAUAGUGAAUUUUGGUCAUUUAACUAUCAAAUUGUAAUGUGCAGGAGAAAUUAGCCAUAAGUGCGGUAGUGGCGUGUUAGAAUAGUGCGAAAAACAAAUCGCGUUCGAGUGAACUAUGAUCCUUUUGGAUACCGGAGCAACGGUGUCACUGAAUUUCAGCAAAAGGAAACAAUAAAUGCCCAAUUAAAAGCGCACGCGCGCUUAAAAUGCACCAUUAAAGGCUUGAGAAUUUCAAGUUUUUCAUUCCAAACAGCUGGAACAACUCGCAAUUUGUAUUGGCUGAAACGGAUUACAUAAAUUGAGCUAACCAAACGCCAUGCGAGCCUCCAUUCCCCCUGGCAUUCGAGUGGUGCGCGGACCCAACUGGAUCUGGUCGAAUCAAGACGACGGAGAAGGUCACGUUGGAACCGUUUGCGAAAUCGGACGUUGCGGAUCGACGCAUUCACCGGAAAACACUGUCGUGGUCAACUGGGAUUCCGGACACCGGACCAACUACCGUGUGGGUUACCAGAACCAGUACGACUUGAUAAUAGUAGAUAAUGCACAAGUUGGGGUUCGUCACUCAAAUGUCGUCUGCGAUGGCUGUUCCAAGGCGGGUAUCGCUGGCAUAGUAUUCAAGUGCGCCCAGUGCCCCAACUAUCACCUGUGCGCCUACUGUUACGCAGAGGAUCUGCACGAGUUGGAGCACCCGUUCAUCCGCUACACCACUCCCAACUCGCUGGGCGUAAGAGUGUCCAUGAGAAAGGGUGCCAGGCGCAUCCAGCUGCGAGGCAUCUUUGUGGGUUCCAAAGUGGUGCGUGGUCCUGAUUGGGAGUGGAACGAACAGGACGGCGGAGAGGGCAGAACGGGUCGGGUAAUGGAAAUCCGGGGCUGGGACAACGAAUCGUGUCGCAGCGUGGCCAACGUAUCGUGGGUUACCGGAUCUACGAACGUCUACCGUCUAGGUCACAAGGGUAACGUGGACCUCAAGUACAUAACGGCCACUUGCGGCGGACACUACUACAAGGACCACAUGCCUGUUCUGGGUCAGCCAGAGGAGUUGCAGCCAGUGGCGCCCAUGGUGAAGCCAAGCUUUUCUGUGGGCGACCGCGUCAAGGUUUGCCUAGAGGUUGACGCCUUAAUGAAGUUGCAGCAGGGCCAUGGAGGAUGGAAUCCGCGCAUGGUCGAGCAUUUGUCCAAACUGGGCACCGUACAUCGCAUCACGGACAAGGGGGAUAUACGUGUUCAGUAUGAAAACUGUCCCAAUAGAUGGACCUUUCAUCCCGCCGCUCUCGUUAAGGUUGUUUCUUUUCGUGUCGGUGACCUGGUCACCAUCAUCAACGAUGCCAAUAAAGUGCAGCAGCUGCAGAAGGGUCACGGCGAAUGGAUCGAAAUCAUGCGACACGCCCUUGGAAAAAUUUGCAAAGUCGUGAAGGUGUACUCGGACGGCGACCUCCGCAUCCAGCAGUUGGACGACGGUUUCGAGUGGACCCUGAAUCCGAAAUGUGUCAAACUAGAGCGCUCUCCAUUAGCGACUGCAGCUGAGCGCUCCAACAGUAUGAUGGACCUGAGCCACCGACGCGCAGACCACGUAAUGACACCGCUCUCAGGCCUCUCUGGUAGUUCGGUCGCCGACAAGCUAGUGCGAGAGGCUGCCCAGGGCCAUUUGGAUUUCGUGCGGCAGUACCUGGACGUGAAUCCCAGCCAGGUGGAUGUGAUGAGUGGCGGCAAGGCUUGUAUUCAAGUUGCCUCGCACCAGGGCUACGUCGAUCUUGUCAGCUACCUCAUCUCCAAGGGUGCCAACGUGAAUGCGGUUGACAAGGAAGGUGAUUCCGCUCUACACUACGCAGCCUUCGGCAACCAGCCGGCCACCAUGCGAGUGCUGCUGCAGCACGGUGCUGAGGUGAACUUCCUGAACUCAAGCCACUGCUCCGCACUGCACAUCUGCGCGCACAAGAAAACUCCGCACUGUGUCCGGGAGUUGCUGCAGCACAAUGCCAACGUCAACAUUCAGGACUCGUACGGAGAUACGGCGCUGCACGACGCUAUCGGCAAGGAAAAUACAGAAGUUGUGGAGUUGCUUUGUAACGCUCCGAAUCUUGACUUUACGGUUAAGAAUAAUCGUGGCUUUAACGUGCUCCACCAUGCAGCGCUUAAGGGAAACGUGGUAGCUGCUCGUCGUAUCCUGUUGCUCUCCCGCCAGCUGGUCAAUGUGCGCAAAGACGAUGGUUUUGCGGCUCUUCACUUGGCAGCCCUAAACGGUCAUGCCCAGGUUGUUGAAACGCUGGUCACUGAGGGUCAAGCGGAGUUAGAUAUACGUAACAAUCGCCAACAGACGCCUUUCCUACUGGCCGUCUCCCAGGGCCAUGCCGGAGUAAUCGAGCGACUCGUUCGCCUCUCCUGCGACGUGAAUGCCAAGGACGAGGACGGCGACAAUGCGAUGCACUUGUGCGUCAUUAAGAAGUCCAAUCUGCAGUCGGCCGCUGAGCCUCAGCCAGAGGAGGCACCAGAGAUUCACAAGUUUUACCUGAGUCUAGUGCAGACAAGCGUUCGGCCCGAAGAUCGUUUGAUGUACAGUAUCCUGAUCUAUCUUUCGAGGUCCGGCUGCCGAGUGGAGCUGAACAACGCCAAUGCAAGCAUUUUUGAGUGGAUAACGGACCGCAACAUCAGGCAACUGAUUUUCGGGCAGCAGGGCGAAGCCGAAUCGCUGCCUAGGAAUCUUCAAGCCUUGGACGUGUCUGCUGUUUCAGCCGCCAGUGAGGAAUGCUCUGCGGCUGCUGGAGCUGAAUCCGAUGGGGCCGGGCCUGGAAGCGUUGCAGCACCUCCACCACCGCAGCGGCUGCAAUUUGAACUAAUGCCAAAGCCAAACGAUAUCCCAACCGCUGGAGUAGGAGCAGCUCCAUCCACGCCCUCUGCCUCGCCGGGCGUGAAGAAACUGAACUCCGAUGCAACACAGCAAAACGUCUCUCCACAGGUGGCACCGCGCAAAAAGGCGCCCAAGCCUCCGGUUACUUCUAGCUCCAGCAGCACGGCGUUGGAGGCCGGAGCUGCGGGCCCCAGUCUCAGUCCGGUAAUCGUGUCCGGUCCGCUGGAGUGCAUUGUCUGCAAUGAGAUCCUGCAGCUGGUGCGCUUUGAGCCGUGUCAGCAUCAGAUCGCCUGCGAGGAGUGCGGCAUCCGAAUGAAAAAGUGUCUCCGCUGUGCAGUGGUAAUCGAGCGGCGAUUGACGGUCAACGGCCGGGUAGUGGCCCUGCCCACGUCCACGUCGUCACCUAGUGACCCCACACGCCUACCGUCCGGGGAUCUACUUCGCUAUCUGGAGAACAAGGUGCAGGAGUUUGAGGAGUCGCACUUCUGCGGUAUUUGCAUGGAACGUAAGAGGGACGUGGCCUUCCUGUGCGGGCACGGCGCGUGCUCCCAUUGUGCCGAAACGCUCCGGACAUGCCACAUGUGUCGCAAGACAAUACUCAAAAAGAUUAACCUGUACUGAGCGGCUGAAACGGAAACGAAAGGACAGGCAGGAUCAGCAGCAAUUCAACCAGCAACCAAAGUGGCUUGUAUAUAUACAUACACAAAACAAACACUCACCCACAUUGCCGUGUCAUGUGAAACUCUAACUAAUUAUUUAUUGAUUAUUGAUCACAAAAUUUAAGCGUUCUUUUUGAAUCAAAGCAAAUUAUUGUGCACCUUCUCGUGUCUAGUUAUUAGCCCCGUUUAACCAUGUCUGGUAACGAUAAAUACAUAGGAAACAAACUAAAGCAUACAAUUAUUUAAUAGUCAUUUAAAUGCAAAUAUACAAAUAUAAAAUUAUUCAA